UGAGAAUUGAGCUUCACGCUUCUCUCUGCCGGAACACAGCCAGUACUGUCAAUACUGUCAGCACUUUUUAAAAGACAAUCUUGGUAGCAUUGGAUAUGAAGGACGAAGGUUGAUAAAAAAAAAAGUUACACGUAAAACAGAAAAUGAAGACGGAAAUUAGUGAUCCGUGGCGUAGAGUAGAUACGCGAACAGUAGUGACUGACGACGAGCCAAACGAUCGUUUCGAGGACUCUUUUCUGGAUAAAAAUUUCGAUCAUAAUCGGUUAUCUGAUUCAGAACAGUAUUUGCAAAAACUAUAUUCCAGAUUGAAAGUUCUUCAGGGUGGAACUACAAAGAAGGAUCUUGUAACAUCACUAUCAAUAGUAAAAGAAGAUUGUAUUGCACGUUUAAUCAUCUCUGGAAACAAUCCUCAGUCAGAAGAAGAAAUUGAAUUAGCAUCGAAUCCUCUGAUACGGCACAUAGCUCCUCACUUACAGGCCUUAACAGCUAGCGAAUUGGUUCAUCUUUUAAAAGCAGAUGUACUUCAAGUAACCACAGAGGCUGAACAAGAACAAGAUAUUACAGAAGGAACACAAAUAAAUUAACUAUCAAUAGUGUACAAGCCAGAAAAUAAUAAUUAGUCACUA